CAUGACUGAUCUCAUUCAUAUUGUGUACUGUGUUUGUGAGACAGAAAGAUAAAGCAAGAGCGAGAGUGUAUGUUAGUGAUUGUGUGUAUAAGAGAGCGAGCGUGAGAGAGAGAGAGGGAGGGUAGGACAGAGAGAGCAUGAGGGACCACUCAGAAGGUGUUCUGUGGUUGUGGACGCACAGAGCAUUGCUGAGAUUAUAUUCUGAUAUUUCUUCUAAAGCUGCGUGACAAUGAACCUUUCAGAGCAGAUGUCCUUACUCUUCAGCUGUAACGUCAGCCCCAGUGAGAUGCCGCAGCUCAACAUCGGUGUCACCAAAAGUGAGCCUCUGGCAAUCGCUGUUCCCAUGACCGUGCUCUACAGUCUCAUCUUCAUAUUUGGAGUUUUAUUUAAUGGCAUCAGUUUACUGACCCUCAUCAUGGACAUCAGUAUGAAGGCCAGUGCCAUUCGUUUCUACCUGCUCAGCCUGGUUGUUUCAGACAUUCUGCAGCUCUUGACCAUCCCAGUGACCGUGUACAGAUAUUAUUGGGAGAGCUACCCAUGGCGUCUUGGACAAGCAGUGUGCAAAGUCUACUUCAUGGUCCGCCAGGUGUACUGCGCCACCACCAGCUGGGUUAUCAUGACCUUCACUACUGAACGCUAUGCAGCAAUUUGCCACACCAUGUGGUCUGUGUCUAGCCUUAAGAAAUUUAGGGUACCAUGCCUUCUUCUGGUGUGGCUCAUCUCUCUGGUCUCAGCUGUGCCCUUUGCCCUGGUCUAUGACCAGGCGCCUGCUUGCAUCAUGGACUACACGGCCACCACUCAUGAAGACGCUUUCCAUAUUUCCAUCAUGUGUGAGAUGACGGAGCCGGAUCCUUCACACAUCUACAACGGAGCUCUCCUCCUGAGAGCAGGACUCUUCUUUUUGGUUCCACUGAUCGUCAUUUUUACCCUCUACAUUCUCAUUCUGCUCUAUUUGAGAAAAAAUGGGCAUCGAAGAAGAAACAUGGGACUGAUGGGACUUGACCGUGAAAGAGAACAAGAUGUUCGAGGGCAUCAGAAGGAAAGGUUACUCCUAAAUGAAAAGAGAGCACUCAAGCUAAUGGGUGCCAUAUUGGUGGCCUUUUUCGUCCUCAACUUUCCCGAUAUUGCCUCAUCACUAAUGCAAAUUUAUAUAGUCGUCUGGUCCGACACAGUCCAUUCGAGGUACACAGUCCUGAAAACAUACUUUUCGCUUCCACUCUGGUACAUCAAUGGCGCUCUGGACCCGUUGCUCUUCUGCAUCUCCUCCAAGACAUUUCGCAGAGCAUGCUGGAGAACUCUGGGCAGGCUCAGGCCUCACUGCUACUGGAUGUAUGGAGGCAUUUCUUGGCUCUGGCAAAGAAAUCCUAGUGAAGAUAGAAGCUCAACUAGUAGAGAGAGGAAUGCUGGUCAUUUUGGCAGAGAUCAAUUGGACCAGAAAGAAAAUGAAGACCAUGUUUCAGUGCCUCAUACAAAUAACAACAACAACACACCCUGAGUGCCAUGGUUGUACUAUCAGAUUACAUUACCAUGCAGAAAACCUAUUAUAUUUUCCAUUAUGCACUGCUUUUGUCACUUUCUCUUUGGUGCUUUAAUAUUGUCAGUUCCCAGUUUGAAGUCUUUCUUUUCUUAAAAAUGCAUUUCUAUUUUUAUGGCUAUAAUAGAAAUGUCUAGAGUGCCUGUGAAUAUUUAAGUGUUAAAUACCUACAUUGCCUGCUAGGGUUAUGUUUAAUGUUGUAUAUUUUAAAUUGUUAAAAACAAAUGCAUGAUAAUCAAAAUGCAAGUGCGUAUUAGCUACUAUGUUUCAUAGUCUGUUUACAGCCUAAAAAUAAUAAGGUAAUUGUGUUAAUUACAUUUGUGUUCACAAAUAUGUGUGUAUUUGUGUUUUACUCUAGGUUUGUGAUAUUUAGUAAUUUUUAAAGAUGUUUUUGUAACUAUUGUUGUGUUUUGCAUGUGACUUGCAGUAAAUAUGAUUUGUAAAUAUAAGGAAUUUCCAUUGUUGUCACGACAAGCUAAGAGACAAAAUGAACAAUCAACAACCAACAAUUAUUCAUAACAUUUAUUUAUCUUUUGAAUUUAACAUUUGAAACUUGGAGACAAUCUCUGAAGCACAACUCAAAUAAAAUGUUAUGUUAUGUGUUGUCCCUGUUGUAAUCAUUGUCAGGUAUUACGCUAGUAAGUAACGAAUGU